AUGACAAUGCGUGAGGAUUCGUCGCCGCCAGCAGGCGCGGACAUCCUGUCUCCUGCCGCACGUAGCGAAUUCACCACCACAAGCUUCCUUUCCACCCGCAACGGCGACCACGGUGCUGCGGGAUCGCGCUACUACGACGCAAACCUCGAGUGGGUGCCGACCGUCCCCCUGCGCUGGGCCGCGCAUCGAUGGUACCCGCAGCUGCAGAGCGGCGUCCACCGCAUGGAGGCGUGCGGGCGCUUCUUUGUGCAACUGCUCGGCCUCGACGAGUCGCGCUACGACUACGUAGCAGAGGGGCGCCGCGAGCGGCGCCAGCGUCAGCGGCGCAGGAUCAACGGUGACGCGAAUGGAAAUGACGACAAUGACGAGGAGGAAGAGGAAGAGGAGGAGGAGGUGGUGGAAUUACAUGCGAGUGAACAUGGGCAGACUAGUGGUGUCGUGCCGGUAUUCGGGAGGAACAGCGGCAGUGAAUUUCGCGACGUGGACGACGUAGACACUGUGCGGCGCUGCAUCUCCAGGAGUCACUGCGAGACCCGAAAAAAAGUGCGGCGCACGUGUGCUCCGUUGCGUGGCUUUCCCAUCGGUGAGCUCCCAGAGGAGCAGUGUUACUGA